GCCUUUCCACUUCCGGUCGGCUGGUCGUUCUGGGAGUUGUGACGGUGCGUUUGCCAGAAGCGGAGAGACAACGGCAGGAGCCAUGGUGUUGCUAGAGAGCGAGCAGUUUUUGACAGAGCUAACACGGCUCUUCCAGAAGUGCAGAACCACAGGCAGUGUCUAUAUUACACUAAAAAAGUAUGAUGGUCGGACAAAACCCAUCCCACGAAAAGGCCAUAUUGAGGGUUUUGAGCCUGUUGACAACAAAUGUCUUCUCAGAGCAACAGAUGGGAAGAAAAAGAUAAGCACAGUGGUGAGUUCAAAGGAAGUUAACAAAUUUCAGAUGGCUUAUUCAAAUUUACUGAGAGCGAAUAUGGAUGGUUUAAAGAAGAAAGAUAAGAAGAGCAAAAAUAAGAAGACCAAAGCAACGCAAUGACAGAACACCGUAUUUCCUCCUGCAGGGGACCCAAAUACUGGCUCAGAGCACAGUAUUUUUCUUCAUGUCACCACUUCUCUUUUGACUUCACUGACACUGCCAGUUGAAAACUGGAAUGUAAGCAGCUUAUUAAUACUGAAAAAGCUCUAUGGAUUGUGGUUUCAGGAAUAUAUAUGGUCAGCUUUCCACAUUUGUUUGGGUUACAGGCACAGCAGAUCUGCAAAAGUGGGAAAACCAUUUUUUUUAACUUGAGAGAAAAUCUAGUAGCAAUCUCUAGGUCCUCCAGUGCAACUAUACAGUUAACUUACACUGGAAGCUGACCAUGGAGUUGUGUUGAAGGCCUACAGAGAAUAUAUUAAUCAUUCCACAAAUGAUAAAAUAUGCAAGUGUGAAACCCACAUAUGUGGAGGGCUGACUGUAUGCAAAAAGUCUAUAUUGCCAUGUUGAAUAAUUUUUGUAUCUGAUUCGGUUUUAUUUUUUGGAAACUAAUACAAAAAUAAAGAAUUUGUUUUUGAAA